AUGAUACCCAGUAGUUAGAACAGUGAACCAACAGCAUUCCUUCACAGUCACAGGCGUUGACUCAAUGCGGCGGGAUUCACUACUCCAUAUACUGCAUUGAGUGCCCGAUGCUUACAAUCUGCCUUUUCAGGCGUUUGUGUGAGUCAACCUGACAGCGAACCAUCGGUGACACAAUACGAGGUGAUGAACAGGCACCAACAUCGCCAGCUUUAUAAGGAGCCUCUUGCCCUUGUACAUUUUCACCAUCAUCUCAGCCUCAAUUACCACCGAUAAAAGGAUCGGCACCAUGGCUGAAUUCGCCAAUAACACCAACGGCUCCGGCCUCGGCUCCAUCCCCGGCCCAUCAUUCGACACACAGCUCCUGGAAACCUUCAUCCCAGGCUACGGGCUCGCCUCGCGCAUUCUCGCUACAUACUUCCACCUCGACCUCAGCAGCUACAUUCCCGCGCUGAUCGCCGGCGGUAUCGUCUUCGCCGUCGCGAAAUACCUCUACCACUGGCUCUACAGCCUCUUCACAGACCACUUUAUUUCCACCGCGGAAAUCCGUCUCGACGAUGAAAUCUACACAUACCUCAUGUUCUGGAUGGCGCGGCAGUCAUUCACAACCCGCACGACGAGUUUCGUUGCCGGAACCAAGCUAAGUGGCGGAAAUCGGUACUACUCAGACGAUGAGUCUGGCUCUGAGGCCGAAGAUGAAGAGGAAGAUGGUGAGAGCUUCGACGACUACUGGUCACGCACGAUCAACCGCGACAAGUACAAGAAGUUGCGCUUUACCCCGUCGCAGGGCACGCAUUACUUCCGGUAUAAGGGACAGUAUAUUGCCUUUUCGCGGGAGCGUGAGGACAGUGGCAAGAAAUCCCCCUUCGCCAGCGUCGUCCCGGAACGGCUUUACUUGUCUUGCGCGGGUCGCAAUCCCAAUGCCAUCAAGGACCUUUUGACCGAAGCGCAGCGCGCAUAUGUCGCCCGCGAUGGUAUCCGCACGGUCAUUUACCGCGGGCAGAAGGGUUCUGGGGAUUGGUUCGACUGGGUGCGGUGCAUGGCUCGGUCGCCUCGUGCGCUGAGCACGGUUAUUCUCGAUGUAGAGCAAAAGGAUGCAUUUAUUGCUGAUAUUAAGGACUACUUGCACCCGAAGACGCGACGGUGGUAUUCGAACCGUGGGAUUCCGUACCGUCGGGGUUAUUUGUUGCAUGGGCCUCCCGGUACUGGAAAGACGAGUCUCUGUUUUGCGGCGAGUGGUUUGCUUGGACUACCUCUUUACCUGCUGAAUCUGAACUCGAAGAGUCUGGACGAGGAUAGUCUUAUGAGUUUGUUCUCGGAGUUGCCGAGACGGUGUAUCGUUCUUCUCGAGGAUGUGGACAGCGCUGGUAUCACCAAGAAGCGUGAAGAGGACAAUACCUCCUCCUCCUCCUCCUCCUCCUCCUCCUCCUCCAGCAACAGCAAUAACAACAGCAGCAACGACAAGGACAACGACAACAACGACGACUCUACAAAUUCAGACGACGAGAAAUCCGCCGGCCUCUCCCUCUCCGCACUCCUAAAUGUCAUUGACGGCGUCGCAGCAAGCGAGGGCCGCAUUCUCGUCAUGACAACCAACCACGCCGAGAAACUCGACCCAGCGCUCCUCCGUCCUGGCCGCGUUGACAUGACAGUGACAUUCGGCUACACCUCCAAGGCCGACAUCGAGGAACUCUUCUCCGCGAUCUACUCAACUCUCGAGGGCGACUACGGUACCAAAAAGCAGCGCCAGCAGCAGUACCAGAAGAGGAAAGAGGAGCUGGUCAAUGGCAAUGGCGCUGCUGUUGUUGCUCAUGAGAAAAAGAAGGCUGAGGUUGAUGUGCAGCGUGUUGCGAGAUUGGCUGCUGAGUUUUCUGCGAGGGUUCCUGGGGGGGAGUUCACGGCUGCUGAGAUUCAGGGGUAUCUGCUGAAUCAUAAGCAUGCGCCGACGGAUGCGAUUGAGGGAGCUGGGGAGUGGGCGGAGGGUGUGCUGAAGAAGAGGAAGGCAUAAUGGACAUGACAUUGCAUUUAGACGGCAUUGCAUUUAGCAUAGGGUUGUACUUUUAGCAUAAUGAAAUGGACAUGAUAUCAGUUUAUCAUUCAAAUUUAUGCCGGAAGUCACGCGACUGGAUACUCAACAUC